CUUUGAUUGAAAUUGCCGAGCUUAAAAAAGAAUCUUUCGCACGUCGGUUUUUAGAAAUUAUUGUUGAUAACUUUAUUGAAAGUUUAUUGCGUUGUAAAAUAAGUCUACUUAUAAAUAGAAGUAAGGAAACGAUUGUAGGUAAACUUUUGUAAACUCAGUUAAAGAGGACAGAAAAUUCGGUAAGUUUGACUUACCCAUCACUGCCAUUGGAUUUGAAUUUGAUAAAAUAAAAUUGAUUGUUUUACUUUUACUUUUAUUCACUUUGAAUUUACUAUUUUAUCGACAAACUAAAAAAAAAAAUAGUUUACGACCAUCUUUUUUUUAUUACGUAAGGCUAACUAACAGUAAAACUAAUAAGGUACACUUGAAAAUUAUAUAUGAUUCAUAAUACAUUAUAUAUGAGUAAGACUAUUAUUAUUAUGAGAUGACUGGAGAUGAGUAAUAAUUUGAUAAUGAAAAAUAAUGCAUCAUCAGCUGUUUCACUCAAAUUCAAAUCACGGUUUCAGUGAGGAGUAGCGUAGUGUCCACUUCUAUUAGUCCAACUUACUUAGUCCAAGUAGGCAAGGCCUAAUAAUAAAUAAUACUUAGUAACUUAGAUUACUUAACUUAAGCGACUUAGUAGCAAAUAAUAAUAUAUUAUAUACAUUACUUACCUGCUUAUAACUUAUAACUUGUUUUUGUACAAAUUAAAUAUCGUGCUUGUUAAAAUUUAAAGCUCAAACUCAAUUAGUCAAUGUCAAUAGUUAAAUUUAAAUGAUUUAGUUACAUUAAAAUGACUUUUCUCAAAACUAAACACAUUUAUUUCUAAUUUAUAGGCCUAUAUAUAAUGUUUGCUGCAAUGUAGGGUAAAUUUGGAGAGAUAGUACUGCGGCAGCCAUCUUGGUUGCGGUGACCCGCGAAUUUAUGUCCUAAGUUUAUCCCUAAACCUAACCUGAACCCUAAACUUAUCCCUAACCUGGGUUUUGACCCUAUCGGAACCUGGGUUUUGACCCUAUCGGAACCAGGGUUUUGACCCUAUAGGAACCAGAAUUUGACCCUAUCGAAACCAGGGUUUUGACCCUAUCGGAACCAGGGUUUUGACCCUAUUGGAACUAGGGACAAGACAUGCAAAUGAUGUAAGGUUCUAUCUCUCUAAAUUAGCCCAAUGUAGUAAUCAAUACUAUAGUGGCCAAUAGUCAUGCCUCAGAACUCAGAAUAUUGGCUUAUAUUUAGUUCUAAUCAAACAAAGCAUGUUGCUUUAAAUUUAAGUUUACCAUAAUUUUUAGAAAAAUUACAAAAUGGAAAUUAUAUAAAAAUCCAAUACAUAAAAAAUUUAAAACUAAUUACACUUUUCUAAGGAUGUUUUAAAAUAUUAUGAAAGAAAACUGUAGGCCUACUUAAAUUUUCAAGGAGCUCCUUACAUUAUGCCAUUUACCCAGGUGGCAACAAUUUACAAAACAUUCAAGUAAUGACAGGUCAAGUGGGCGUACAUGCCAACCUGUGGGAUAAAAUAACUGUACAAAAUGUCUUUCAACCAAAAAAAACUGCACAACAGCAUAAAAACUGUUCCAAAAGAAAGAAAAGUUGAAAAAGUAUAAUUUAGGCUUUCAUUUUUAAAAUGUAAUUAUCAAUUCGUUGAAUGCGAGCCAACUUUGCUGUCUUUAUUAGUUUGAAAAUCCAAACAAGUGUCAUUUUUGAUUUUGCAUUGUAAGUGAUUGUAUCACCAUUCAUUAAGUCUAUUUCAACAAUUGAUCUGGAUUUUUGUUCAACGUUGAUAAAGAUCCCUCACAGUCUACAUUGCUGAGAGGCAAGGUCAGCAAUUGUUUUAUAUUGUUUGAGAGAUUCGAAACCUCAACAUGACACAUCUUUUUUCUGGCGCAUCACACCAAGACAAUAGUUGGUAAAAUUCUGUUCAACCUCUGAACUUGGAAGGCUUGGUAACAAAUGGUAGUAUUCAUACUCAACCUUCAAAAUUUCUAGGGCAACAUCACAGGCGAAUGUGUUUUCCAACCAACCUGCUUAUGGCUAGACUUGGUUUUGUGUCUUUGAGUCUUGGAUCUAACAGUUUGCUAUCCUUGAGUACUUUGUUAUAAAAUGGCAACAAUUUCAGCAUCUAUUCAUUGUUGCUGAGUAAAAGUUUCUUAUGUCUUUAAAAAGCACAGUUGUUUUAUCUUGAUGUAAAUCUGAUUCUUUUAUAGUCCUAUUUCAGAGGGCAAUGGCAAGUGAAUUGUGAUUUUGCUGCAGAUUACGAUCCAUGUAGUUCAAUAACCUCAGAUCUUGAAGCUCCUUUAUAUGCUUCAUUUCCACAAAUUAAAAAAAAAAAACAUUUUGGGCUGUCAAUGUAUUUCCUCUAAAAAAACAAAAAGCAACACUUUGAGUUUCAUCUGAAAUAGUGUUUUAAACUCAUAUACUAGAGGUAACAGAAACUGGAAGAAUUGUACAGUUAUCUUUGUAAGUAAUAACUAAGGCAACUGAUAAAUAUUGUUCAUUUUGCCAGGCAUUUCUAAUCAUUAAGGCUCUCAAAAUAUGAAGAAAGAGCUGGAUAUUGGUUCAAAAUUAUGUCCACCACUCUUUGCAAGGAAGGCCAGCGAGUCUGACAGUGCUUAAAAAUCUCUAAUCCAUCCACACCAGUAAACAGUUGAAAUUCCUUAUAGGUUCUAUUUUUUUUAAACUGUGUAAAAAAUUAUAGUAAAUACCAACUAAAAGUUCAUCUACAGAAACUGACAGUGGUUUUAUACCCGCCUGUAAGCAAAGAUUUGCUGAACAAAUUGGGGUUCUUGGACUUGAUUUGUGUCAGCACUGAGUUAGACUUGCCAAGCAAAGCGUUACAAAUGCCUUUUGCAAACAAAAUUCAUUUUUUCUUUGGGAUUUCCAGUUUAAUAAAAACUGCAUCAAUAUCCUGGAAAAUGGCUUCACAGGUUCCACCUCUACCUACUGGCAUAUCUAGUAAUGGUCCCUAAACCAUCUUUAAAAACAUUUUCGCUUAGUGCUUGUCAGUUUUACAGUUGUUGGAUUCAUCAAUCAUCAAAGAAACUUGUUUCUCCAGACAUAACUUGACAACUGGCUCUGUUACAUUUGGAGCCAAGGAUUUCUUAAUUAUUGUCAUCAUUUUGGCGAGGUUAAAUUUAAAUUUUUUGCAAUAACACUUAAUGUAAACAUUUCCGAAACUAGAUUUGAAAAAUGAUCAGCUUCAGAUGCAGCACGGUUGCGCUGGAAAAUGAAAUUCGCAGAUGAGAUCUUCCUUGUAGCUUUAUCUUAUACAUCUACAAGGGGCUGAGAAAAGGUCUUAACAUUAACAGAGGUAGAAAUUCACGCUUAUUGACUCACAGUUUUGUCCUAUCAACUUUGUUUUAAAAUGUGCUUUAAUGUCACAAACGCCUGAAGCAAGCACUUUAUUUUCUUGUUUGCAUAUUUUUCAAAAUUCAUGCAAUGAUCCGAUUGGUGAAAAAUAGAUAAACCCAGGUUAUUUGGUCAACCACUCACAUAAGAACUUCCUCGCGGCAUGUCUAAUUCCAAUUUCAUUUUUUUAAAAUUAGGUUCACCCAUGUAAUUGGAAAUUUGUAGCUACUGAUCAAUGUACGACAAACCACACUCAGAUUCUAUAUUUAAAGGGCUGACCCAUCCCAAAUUUUGGGCCUAAGGUCAAUAUGAACAGAACAAUCAGAUUAAAGCUUCCUUUUUUAAAAUUUGUUGACGUUUUUCAGUGCUUGUGUGUGUGCAAGUAAUUUUUUUUUGGUCUAGUUUUUUUGUUUGUUCUAAAUCCAGUAAAGAACUGUAAAAAGUCCUGUACAGCUGUACAACCUAGAAAAAGUUGUUAAAAGUACAAAGUAUGGGUAAACUGUACUGGUUGGCAUGGAUGCAAGUGCAAGUGGAGUAUAUGAAUAAUGUUAGUGUUAUAAUUUUAAUGAAUGCAUUUAUGAAAGAAAAAUCUAAUUUUUCAAACAGAUUAUGAGUUGGCAAAGCAAUGAACAUGAAAACAUCCAAGCAACUGGACACAGCUUGGAUUAUCAGUCAGGAGCCUACAUGGAAGAUGUGCGAAGUCCACCAUUUAUAAGCCCAAUGCAAGAAAGAAUGCUACCACCCUAUCCAGUUGCAAUGCAUCACCAAAAUGGGAGGUUCAGCAAUAAUGAUUUCCUUCCAAGUGCAGAAUUCUCCACUGGUCCUCAACCCAUAUAUUAUCAACCAUAUAAUAAUUUGUAUGAUGCUGCUACAAAUCUUAAUUACAUUCCUGGGGUGCCUUUGCAUACUAAUGAGUUUUAUAAUACUACUUUUGACAAUCCUAGGAACUUCUCACAAGAUAUCUUGCAAAAUGUAGAAGUGGUACCUGGUACUCAGUUUGAUAAAACUGGUCAGCAAAAGCAACAAAAUGUCAACAGCAAAAGAGCGAACGGCAGAUUUCAUAAUGUUAGGGGGAGGCGAAACCAGGGCAACUCAUAUGGCUACUAUGAUUAUAGUCAACAACAAGAUGGUUAUUAUGAAGCUAGUUUACAACAAGGUUAUCACCCCAGAGGUAGACAGGGAGGAAAAUACAGAGAUGGCAUGAAUCAUAAAAGUAGAGAAUUGGAUAAAUUUUCAUCUGAGGCAGUUGCCUCCAAACUUGGUAAUGGUGAUGGAAAAUAUCAUAGGCCACCAAUUCAAAGUCAAGCCUUAAGUGAAAGUGAUGGUGAGAAAAGAGAAAUGAAGACCAAAAAACAAUCAGAAACUCAUUAUGAAGAUAUAAAUAAUCCAAAUAUUCAAAAAGUUAAUUCACGUUCAACUCCAGAAGAUAAACAGCUUUCUAACACAAGGCAUGAAAAUGUCCCCUUCAAGAGAAGUACCUUUGGCCAAGAUGGAAGGUUAAAUUAUAGUAAAAAGAGUUAUCGGGAAUAUCAUGAAAGUGAAUCAGAUAGGGUUGAGAAAAACUCUAGAGAAAUAGAUCAUAAUGGCCCUACAAGGCAGAGUCAGAGUGAAAAGACAGGAAAAAUAGAUUCAUUCAAGCAUACUAGUCAGUUUGGAAAAGAUAAUACUGAUAGGGUUCGGAAAUCCACAGAAGCCAAAGAAAGAUAUAAAUCAGAUUCUUUUACUUUUAGCAGAGGAAAAGGAAAUGAAAACAAUCCUAGCAGCAGUAAUGUCGCUUUUUAUGGAGGAUUGAGCAGACGAGUGGCUAAUGAUAAAAGUAUAAAAAAUACAAGUACAGGUCAAGAGUCUUUGGAAAAUGAUGAAAGUCAGAGAGGUAGGAGGAAUUAAAUUAAAAUCUUGUCUAGCUAUAUCUUUACCAAAACUUAAAACCUGGUAAUAUGUUUGAAUUAGGAUUAAGAUUAAUGUAAGAAUCAUGUAAGUUUUUUUUAAAAAAAGUGUCAAAUUCUACAUGCAGCAUAUUUUAAACUGCUAAUAUUUUAUUUUUUAACAAAAAAAAUGUCCCUUAACAUUUUUGGACAUAUGAAAUUAAAAUAAACUGUUAUUACUCUGAAAUAAUUAGUAUCAUACUGUAUUAGUUUAACAGUGGCAUAGUCACAGUUACUUUUAAUUCACAAUUACUUAGGCACACUAACAGAGCAGCUGUCAAAAAACAGAUAUGAGUGUAUGGUAUGUUGUGAUAACAUACGUGUAGAAGCUCCAGUCUGGAGUUGCUCAAACUGUUACCAUGUCUUUCAUUUAACUUGCAUCCAGAAAUGGGCUCGAGCUUCCAUCAGCAAAGGUAAUAAGGAUGGAAUUCUAUUUAUGGUAUAUGUAACCAUCAUAAAGGAGAAGUUAAUAAAAGGAAUUUUUAAUUUUACUUUACAAUGCAACAAUUUUUUGUUGUUCAACUUUAUGAACAUGUUUUAAAUAUAUUUUGUUCAUCCAAAUAAAGUGACAUUAUGACAGUUCUUAGAAAAUCUAAAAUUACUUACAGCAGAUCAGAUUUGAAAUUAAGUUAUUUUACCUGCCAUGAUUAUUAUGCAUUAAGGUAGGAGGAGCCAUAGCUUUAUAAAAUUUAUAAACUAUUUAAUUUUUAUAAACAGAUGCUGAGAAUUGGCGCUGCCCAGGAUGCCAGAAUAUUUCAGUUCAAAUUCCUUCCCAAUACCGGUGCUUUUGUGGUAAAUUUAAUCAACAUAAAUUCUAUAUUUAGCUAAUAAUUAUUGAUAAUUUUUAAUGUUUCUCGAGCAUUACCUGAAACUUAGCCUGUGAGGGAGUGGCUGUUCCCCUGAGACCAUAUUUACAAAAGUGUGAUUGUUUCAAGGAUAUAACAUGUUUAAUAAUCAAGAUUUGUUUUUUCGUCUGUGAAAUUUCAUUAAAAAACAAACACUACUUAACUUGUCUUUAAAGUAACAUUAAAGAAAUCCAAAAAUGUGUCUCUGCUCAUCUUGUCACAUCCUUAAGUGUAUUACUAGACAGAAGGGAGAGGCGUGGAUAAGAAAGAAUGGCGUCAUAUGGGAGGGUCAUACUGAAGAUAAGUGAGCUAGUCAACCAUUUAAACCAUGUGUGUCACUAACAACAGCUGCUUGUUGAAGUGAAAAUAAUGCUGCCAUCUAACAAUGCAGUCACAAUGCGCGUUUUGUACCCAGGGUGUGCGAAGGGUGCAGAAUGACAGAAUAUCUUUUUUGGACAGAUUAAAAAAGAUCUCAUUUAUUAAUGAAGUAGUUUAAACAAAUACAUAGUUGAAAUAAGAAUUAUAAAAUAGCUUUGCAGCAUUUUUGUAUAAUUACAUUCAGAUCAAUGGAACCUAAAUUUCCACUAGCAUCUCUUAUUUUAUCUCAGGUUAAAUGUAGAGUGAUGAAAAACUAAAAUCAUGUACGUGCAAAAAUGCAUCCUGGUAAUUUGAAUUUAUCAAAACAUUUCUGGGGAGGGGUCACUGAGCCUGUUCCUCGAACACUUGAACCCACCUUCGUUUGGGAGCCUUUGGCACCCUCGAUUUUACCCCCCCCCCCCCCCCCCCUACAAUGAAAGGACAUUUCUAACACCCUUUUAUUAAAAAAAGUUACUGUAAAUAUAUGUUUAUUCUGAUUCCCAUAUGUUAGAUGUCUUUAAGUGUUUUUCAUUAAAAAAAAAAUAUCCUUUUUAUCUGUUAUAUUUGAUGAACUUACGUUUUUGAUGUGUGGGCCUUUUUUUUAUUUUGAAUUUUCUCUCCCCCUAGCAUAAAAACCCUGGCUAUGCUAUUGAGAAUGACACUAUCUUGAUAACUCUGUAGGAUAAGGGGAACUGAACUUAUAUAUAUUUUAUUAUUUUAAAAAAAAAUUUAGGGCAUAAAAAGGAUCCAAAGUACUAUCGUGGGGAAACUCCUCAUAGCUGUGGUGAACAAUGUCGGAAGCGCAGAAAGGGCGACUGUAAACAUCCAUGUACUCUGUACGUUGUCCAAUGUAUAUUUUUGUUUCUUGGUAACUUAAUGCUGUCCUUAUGUUAAACCAAUCCUUUUGUGACUUAGCUACUGAAAAGUUAAUUUAAAACUUUAAGAAUACUUUAUCUUGUCUACUCCUUGAUAUUAAUUUUAUUUUGUUAUAUUUUCAAACAUUUACUUUUAGUUUUAUAUCCUGUUUUCAGUGUUUCAAUUAAUCAUUUCAAUUUUUUCCUUCUGACAGUCUCUGUCAUCCUGGGCCAUGCCCACCUUGUAGUUCGACAGUGUGGUUGAAAUGUGACUGUGAAAAAACCAGGUUUGAAAUAUUUACAUAAUUUUGUAGCUGAAAGUUGGUUAAUGUUUUAAGCUUUAUGCUUUUUAAAAUUUUGUAGUAAGUGUCAUUGGAGGAAAAAAAACACAAUAAUAAACCAUUCUUCCAAUAUAGACUAAGUUUUUAAAAUAUUUUUUGGUACUAAAAUUUAAAAUUUUCAAAUUUAGGAAAAAUGUUCGUUGUGCAGCAGCUGUUAGGUUUAAAUGUGAUGAAGUAUGUGGUAGAACUCUGGAGUGUGCAGUCCAUCAGUGUACAGCUGUUUGUCAUUCUGGUCCAUGCCCACCUUGUAAAGUCACUAAAAGCCAGGGUAAAUCGUUUUAUAUAAUAAUUUUCAAAACACAUGAUAUUUGUUUUUUUAAUUUAAAUUUUAAAUGACCUUUCUUUAUCUUUAUUUAUGUAUGUUUUGUGUCUAGUUUUCUUAGUGAAUCAUUUUUUUAAAAACAAAAAUUUAUUAAAUAGUUUUUGAUGAUUUUUUUCAAAAAAUAAUUAUUAUAGUGAUAUCUACACUUUGACAUAUUAUUCCUUUUUUUAUCAGAAUGUUUCUGCCAGAAGAUUACUAGGCAAGUGCAGUGUGGAACUGAAGAAUUUAGGAUGGCUUAUUUCAGCUGUGAACAAGUUUGUGGAAGGUAUUUCAUUCACCAAUUAAAAUAAGGAUUUAAAAAAUUUCAUUUUGAUAUUGUCUUUUCUUCCCACAUAAAUUCAUGUUAUGUCUGCAAACACUUAUAGAUUUAAUAUAACUUCAGUUUUUGAAAACUACUAAAUAAAAUAAAAUAACUUAAUUAUAAAUUAACAAAAAAAUCAAUUCAUAUUUUCCAUGAAAAAAAAUCAAUUUUAAGAGACCAAUAAAUAUCAAUGGCAUAACAUUUCUGACAAUGUUUUGAGAUUUAAAUAAUCAUCAAGUGUAUAAAAAUCUCUUAUAAAUAUGUACUGAAUACAAAAUUCCCCCUCCAAGAACUCUUGACUGUGGGAAUCAUGUUUGUGAAGAAGUCUGCCAUCCAUGUGACUGUGCCCCAUGUUCACUUAUGCCCAGCAGCCUUCAGUUCUGUUGCUGUGGUAAAACUCCUCUCAUUGAUCUCAAAGUAACUCCCAGAAGUUCAUGUUUGGAUCUUGUGCCUACCUGUGGCAAUAUAUGCAACAAACCUAUGGCUUGUGGCCUGCCAUGUAAGGAAAACUUAUAGAGAAUUAUUUCUAGGAUUUAAUUAGUACUAUUUUUGGUAAAUAACAAAAGUUAUAAUUCAUUUUCUGAGAUGUGUAAUUAUGCUUUUGGUUUUCAUAAUUAUUUUAUUUCUAUUUAACGUCUGUGACAUAAACCUAGUUUGUAUAAUGUCAAUCCAAAACAUAGUUGCCAAGGGCUACACAAUUUUUGCAACUUUAAGAAUGGUCGAUGUGAAAAAAACAACUAAACAACUUGGCUUUCAUAAUAUAUAAUACUAUGCAAAAUGUUACAACCAUGAAAAUUUUCUAACUUUUUCAAAGACAUCAUAAGACAGCAUUUUAUAAUUAUUAUCGUGUUGUCCUGUCUUGUCCUAUUAUUGGUUGAAAGUAAAAAUUAACUCAAAAGAACAUGUUUACUCCGCUUUUGUGUAGAGUACAGAAUAUUUUUUUUAGCUGGUGUUGCCUUAUCACCUCUUUUUCUCCAUUAGCCAAGCCUCAUUUGUGUGAAAAGAAAUGUCACAAUGGAGAUUGUGGACCUUGCAGCAAAGAAACUCUACUUAAAUGUGAAUGUGGGGCAAUUGAGAAAAAUAUACCUUGUGAAAUAGCAGCCACUUAUAAUGGUACACAUUUUUAUUGAUACCCUAAAGAAUUAAUUAAUGUAUUACAUGAAUGUGAAUAUGUUUCAUUCAUUUUCAGUUUCUUUGAAAAUAAAAAAAAAUAUUUUCUUAGAAUAAAUCAGAGUAAUUAGACUUAAGUUAAUCGAUGUUUUCUUUCUAACCAGUUUUCUCCAUUUGGCUGGUUAAAAAUUGAAUUUUUUAAAUUAAAAAGCCAUAUGAAACUGUUGUUAAUUUUUCACUUGUAAAGCAUAUCAUAGCUUUCUUUUUUUUUUUUUUUAAAUAGAAAAAAACCCUUUUAAAUGCCAAAGGCGUUGCGGUAAAAAGAAGACAUGCGGAAGGCAUAAAUGCUCAGAUAAAUGCUGUGUUGUGAGUUUGACUACGGAUAAGUUAGAAUUAAUUUGUUGAUAUAUUUUGUCUUACCCUGUGACAUUUUAGUAUCUAUUAAAAUUUCAUAGCAAAUUAAUCAAAGUAUUCUUUGAUAAAAUUUCAAAUUCAUUUAAUUCCUUGUGAUAAAUGAAAUUUAUAUAUAUUGGACCAAAGAAAUGACUGAAAACACAUAGUAAAUAUUUUAAAGCAAAAACUACAUCCAUAGAAAUUAGCUCACAAACAAAAUUGGUUCUAGUUACAAAGUCUUGCGGAUACAAUUUGUUCUAUUUGUAUAGGCUUGUGAAAACAUAAAUUUGUUAUAUUUAAAGUCUUGCGGAUACAUUUUAAAUAAAAAUGUGAUUACUGAAUUCCUAUCAAAUGUAUUGUACAUGUUAAUUUUUAACAGAAAGAUAUCCAUAUAUGUGAGAUAGUUUGUGGACAGAAGUUAUCUUGUGGAAUUCACAAGUGCGAAGAACUCUGUCAUAGAGGGAACUGCAAGAGAUGCUUGCAAGCCAGUAUGUAUUGUAUUAAAAUUUUUAUAUAGUUUAGAAUGUGAAAAUAAUUGGUCAGAUUUUAAAACAAUUUUCUGUGUGUUGUUAUUUUUGUACCAUUACUCUAACACCAUACAGUCUGCCAAUAAAAGGGGUUAUAGGUUUUAUUAAAGUUGUUGUUUGAACUAAUGCAUGAUCAUGACCGGAGUUGAAGAAAUGUGCGUGUAUGACUUAGGUAACAGUAGUAUAAACUGGAGGUCAUGUUUCUUGAAUCUAUAACUAACAACAUUGUCUCUCAUUUCAUAGCCAGGGAUGUUUCACAACUUGGCCCUUCAGAAUUAAUUGACCAGCAUGUAUUAAAUGUUAAAGUAUUUCUCAGCUUUGGCUUUAAAUUUUGGCAUUGAAGCUUUAAAAAUAAAAUUAUUAUUUUUAGGUUUUGAUGAAUUAACAUGCUACUGUGGUGCAGAGGUUUUAGAACCCCCUAUCCCAUGUGGUACCAGACGGCCAGACUGUCGUAACACGUGCACUAGGCAACAUGACUGUGAUCAUCCAGGUAAUUAGCCUUUUAGCUACCUUUGAUGAGUCAUACUCUCAUUCCAUUGAAAUUUAUAAAAAAAUAUUUAUUAAAUAUUACUUACCAUUCAAGAUUAAUAUUGAUUAUUUAAUUUCAAAGAUGGUGUUGUUCCCUGUAUGUGAAAGAUUUAGUGUUUUAAUGGUACUCCAGUUGAAUAAGAUUUGAGAUAUAUUGUUUUUGUAGAUUUUUUCAAUUGCAUUGACCAUCAACUGCGAUAGGCUGUCAAUGCAUCCAAUAUUAUUUUCUUGUAAUGCUUUUACAUUUUAGUUCGACACAAUUGCCAUGGAGAUGAAAUCUGCCCACCAUGUACAGAACUGACAGAUAAGAUGUGUGUUGGUGGUCACAUGGUAUGUAAAUUAUCACGAAGACUAUUAGUGGAUUUAAAAAUGGGUUAAAGAAAGGCAAAUUAGAGCCAUUUUAAUGUUUCUUUAGUCGGACAUUAAUUUUUGCUAAUGUUUUUUAGAGUUUACUACAUUUUCAUAUUUUACUUCUGCAGAUGCGCAAAAAUGUUCCCUGUCAUAUGAUUAACAUAAGCUGUGGCUACCCAUGUAAUAAAAUGUUACCCUGUGGUCAACACAGGUGUCAGAAAACAUGUCACAAGGUAAUGGAAAACGAUAAAUGCUCGAUAAAACCAUUCCUUAGUUUUUCAAUUUUAUUUUGUAAUGUAAUUUAUUAGUCUAUGAAAAAUUAAGCCUCCGAUGUUACAUUAUGAAGUAGCUUUUAAGGAUCAGUGGCAGAUUUUUUAAUAUCAUUUAAUAUGUUCGUUUAUGAGUUCAUUUAUAUAUUAGGAAUAAUAUUUUGAUUCACUAACAAAAUAAUAUAAAAUAAUAUUUUGAUUCACUAACAAAAUUGAUUCUCAAUUCAAACAGGGCAACUGUUUAGAGGAAGAUGCUGUGUGUACUCAACCAUGUAUAAAGCCUAGAUCAUCUUGUGGUCAUCCCUGUGGGGCACCAUGUCAUGUCUCUGAUUGUCCUGAGGAUGUCUGUAAAACUGAGGCAAGGUUGACAAUGUCAAUGUUCACAGGAAUGAAAGAGAUAGAUUAUAAUAAUGUUUAAAAUAGAGAAAUUAAGUUGCUGUCACAUUCACUAUGAAAUUAUGAAGCUUGUUUAUUGUAUAAUAAUUUGUAACUUGUUUAUUUCAGAUAUCCAUUACAUGCCCAUGUGGAAAUAGAACAGCAAAAGCUCCGUGCUCAGCAGGUGGUGACCAUUCCGGUGAAAUAGCUCAAUUCCAACGUCUCAGUGUACAAAGCAUUGUUGAGUCUGGUGGGCAGGGUGUGGAUAUGUCACAGUUUACCCAGACUAAAAAGUCAAACAAAAGGCUAGUCAUUUUGUAGUAAAUUAAAGUUGCCAAUAGGGAAACUUAUUUUAAGGCAAGAUUUGAUAAUUUGACUGAUAUGUUGGUUACAUAGUUUAGUUAAACCUAAGUUCUUCUAAAUGUAGUAGUAGUGUCUGCUGAGACUUAUGGGCUUCUAAAUAAUUAAGUAGCAUAAUUUGAAAAAUAAUUUUUAUAUAUAUGUUAAAAAAAUGUCACACAAUUAUAACUUUUGACUGUUACAGAUUGGACUGUGACACCAACUGUGCAAUUAUUGAACGCAAUCGUCGCUUGGCAUUGGCACUUGAAAUAAAAAAUCCUGAUAUGAAUGCUAAACUAGGGAGUCCAACUUUUACAGAAUUUCUCAAAGAUUUUGCCAAGUGAGUAAAGCUUUUUAUUUAAUAGAGGAACACUCACAAACUGUUAUGCAAUGUAACUUUCAUAAAAUAGUUAUAUUGUUAAAAUUCUUAAUUUAUUUUCAGAAAAAAUGUAAAAUUUGCUUCAAAUGUUGAAAAGAGCCUUACAGAGCUGGUGCAGUCUUCUAAACAGGUAACUCCAUUACCAAUAAAAGAUUUGAAGUAUGUAUUGAUUUUUUAAAACCUUAAAUAAAGUUUUGAAACUAAAUAUCUUUUAAGAAACUUUUUAUGUUUAAUAAACUAACGUUGACUAUUAACUUCUGUGACAACUGUCUUUAGUCGGCACAGCCAAGUAGGAGUCAUCCUUUUCAAUCCAUGAAUAGAGAUCAAAGGCGCUUUGUACAUGAACUUGCUGAGUUUUAUGGUUGCCAAACACAAAGCUAUGAUUCAGAACCAAAUAAAAAUGUUGUGGCCACAGCAUACAAGUAAGUAUACCAUUUUUUUGUUGCCAUGGUAUGAAUACUACCAAAAAAAUAAACAACUUCUUAUUCAGGAAUGUUGUUUUAUUCAACCUUCAUCAUGAUUUCAUAUCUAUUAUUCUAAAUCAUUUGCAAGAAGUGAAAAAAAUUUUAGUCUGUAAUUAAAUUGGGUAUUAUAAUAAAUUUAAUAUUUUAUGCAAUUAAGUCAUUAAAACACUGGUCAUGGUACUUUUACAAAAAUACAUUAUUAACUCAUGAAAAUUGUAAAUAAUUAUUGUAAUUUUGUUUCCAAAGGGAUAAAUGCUGGCUCCCAAAUAUAAUAUUGACUCAGGUUGCAUGCAAGGAUCAGGUGCCUAAAGCACCACCACCUUUUGCCACAUAUAAAACUCAGGGUGUAACGUAAGUUCCUUUAUUCUGACAGAAAAUUUGUGAUUGCAAUGAAGAUUUAAUUAUAAAAUUGAUCUUAUUUUUGAUGGACCACUCUCCGUGAUUUUACUGUCUUUCUACCAUUUAUUUGAAUAUUUUGUUCUCAUUUUUUUUAUAUACCAAUAUGUUCAAAUAUAAAUAUUUUUUAGAUUUAGUCUGGCCAUUUAAUUUCCAUGGGUUUGUGCCAGUAUUCAUUUUAAAAUAUUUGAAUGUAAAUGUUAUUUGUUGCCACAUCUUUAUAUCAUAGAAAUUGACUGAAAAUUGUUAGCUCUUAUUUUUUGGAAAACUUACAAAAAAAUUCUGUCAAAGCUCUUCUAUUCUCCUGCAUUUCUAUUUGAGGUCCUCAUCUGAAUCAUCAUUCUUGUAAAUUACACUUUCCUGGUCAUUUUUCUCAAGUACUUUAUUUUUUAGACCAUUGUUUUCUGUAUUGAUUGAAGGCCAAAUCAGAUGUGGGCAAAUAUUUUAGCUAAAUUUAGAGAAUUUAAAUUUUAGGGUGACUUGUCCAAUAAAUGUAAAAUAUUUAUGUUGUAUGUUCUUGGAUCUGAGUAUUUUCCUUUAGAGUCUGAAUUUGAUUAAGAUUAGCAAUGUAAUAUUAUAUCCCAGAUUUUCAAAGUUACUGAAUGUUUGCCAUUUUACCUUCAACCAUACAGGUUUACAGUCUUAGAAAAGAAAAAAGCAGUGGCUAAAGAACCAGCUCCAAAUACAAGAGCUUGGGAGGAAGCAGGAGCUACUGCAUCAAAACCCACUGCUAGCAUUGACUACUUUGAUUUCACGGAAUGAUAUUUAGUCAUAGUUUCAGUAAUUUUUUCAAUUUUUAUAUACCAGAAUAAAUAAAUUAAAAAAAAUUAAUGAUAUUUAAACCUUUUGAGGAUUACAUAUUAGUUGCAGUGUAAUCUUAUGUUAAAUGUUUGCCUUGCAAUAGUCAACAUUUUAUUGCAUUCAUCUCUACAAUUUUAGAAUAUUUUAAAUUUUUUUAAAGAGAAAGACAUACCCAUUAAUUAUUAAUUCUGCAAGUUUUGUUAGGCUUUUCGCAUUAGUUGAUUCAGACAUGAAGGAAUGAAGUUAAUGUUAGGCAAUGGUUAUGGACCAUGAUUACAGAUUUGACAUUUGGACUGGGUGCACACCACACGCAUGGUGGUUUCUACUCAGCCAUGUGCACAUACUGUCAAAGGCAAACAAUAAUAUUUUUUAAAAAGUGAAAAAUUAGGCUCUGGGAUUGGAAUGGGUAGGCUGAAGUCUUAGAUAUAUUUCUUCUCACCAUAAGAAGUUCAGGCAGAAGUGGGGUAUAGAACCCAUUAAACAGUAUCAUAUCUCUUCCCAUGGGUAAUGCCAGAGUUUUCCCAUAUUUGCCUUUUUUCUGAAGUUAACUGCCAAGAGGCUGGUUCAUUUGGGCGCAUGAUGUGGCUGGGGAGGACUCAGUCUGCUAUUUUCUUUAUGUAGUUAGUAAAAUGAGGUCCAAAUUAAAUAUUGAAAAAAAUAUAAAGCUAUUUUGUCAGUGUUGUUGGGCUUAUAAGACAUUGACUAAAUGGACAUUUCAAUAAUAUAAAAAUAAAUCCAAAUCUUUGUCUUGAUUUUAAAAUAAAUAUAAGUAUUAUUUAAAAUUUAGAACAACUAUUUCUGUCCCUUCCUUAUACUGUGUUUAUGGUCCUAAUUUUUUUUGGAAAAAAAUGUUGCAGAACAGUUUGAAAUAUUUAAAAGCCUUGUAUCAUAAUCAAGUUGAAGAAUAAGAAAGAUUUUCCCUUGAUACCAUGUUGUAUGGUGAGAUAAUAAAAUGUAGAAGUGGAUGUUAAAAUGCAAUGUAUGAAAUGGUCAUUGGAUUGAAACAUUUGCAGGCAUAUGUUUGAAAUCCAGUUCUAUCUUUUCUAUGUUUAUCAGUAUUCUUAAAUAAUGAGACAGAUGAAAAUUGCUUAUUUCAUUAUUGCAAAGCAUUGCUUUAAAUUUUUAUUUUAAAAAAGUUUUUCUGUUACAUCUCACUUUAAAUGGUCUAAACCGAGGUGCAUUCUUUUAUAAAUAAAAAAGUUCCACUUAUUUAUGCCUCACAAAAAAAUGGAUGAUUAUUAUUAGUGAACAGAGUUUUCUAAAUAAUAACUUUUAUGCAACAAAUUAUUACAAUUUCUAUCAUUAGCAAUUGCGUCACUUAUAAUUCCAUGUUAAUUAUAUUUACCUCACUAGCUAUAACAUUUAACCAUUAUGGUUUCAUACUUAUGAUUUUAAGCAACAGGUUGAAAAAAUGUGCUUAGUUACAUAAUUUUAAUAUCCUUUAGAGAUUACUUGAAGUGGAGUGUAAAUGAUUAAGGUACUCAAAUUGACACACAAACCCUUUUUUUCUUCUCUACACAUUAAAAAAUGUUUGAGUAAAUAAACAAAGUAAUAGCUGUUACGCUAAAGAAAACAAGUUAACAUAUUUUAAAAUAUUUCCAAUGUUUCCAUUAAAAUUCUUAAAAAUUUACAGUGUAAUAGUAUGGUAAAAGGCUGUUAAUUGCUAUGUUGAUUUCUCUUUUAAGAUGAUAUGGAUUGCAAUAUCAUCCUAGUUCUUUUUGUUUUAGUUAGAUA